AUGUCGUCUCCCAAUGGUCCAGACUCCGCAAUCUCAAAUCUUUGCUCCAGCUUCCUGGCACAUAACGUUGAGACAAAGAUCGUAGAGAAGCUGGGCGAAGCGCAAUGCAACACCUGCUAUGACGUAUGGUACAUCAUAGCAAUAUGCGUCAUGGUGCUCUUGUGGAUCAAAUUUCACUCAGAAGGAAGAAAACAGGCCAUCCAGGAGUUGAGAAAUAUGCCAUCGUACAAGCUCCACGACAGGCUAGAAGAAAUGUACAGAGAGGAGGUGGCAAGUGAGAAAGAGGUCGUGCAGUACAUCGAUCGGUAUCAUCGAGUCUCACACGAGGACGAUAGCGUGCGGAUGAGGAGGACAAUCACCAUCGUGGAGGACUUGUCGAGGACCAACUUGCCAGCUGUCAAUCCCUCCCGCGAGGAGAGAGCAACUUCACCUACUGUCAAUCCAAGGACUAGAAGAAGAAAUAAUUCUCCGGUAAAUGCGAAUCGACGGAGCAGGAGAUCUCAGACUGGCAGUCAGUCCCAUACGCAUUCGUCGCUUUGCAAUCUCUUUCUCCAUACAAACUUGUCGACGUCGGCUACAGAAUCGAGAUCUGCUCCAGACCUAAGUUUAAGACAAGAGGAAGCUGCUCGACUUGUGAAUCCAAACACUUUCCGAAACUCGAACAACACGUCUACAGCAGAAAUUUCGUUCGAGUCUGAGGACCUGGAGACGCCUCCACCAUACUCUCCAAUCAUCGAAUCAGUCGAUGAUAAUGAUGAUGACAGCGACCCAGAGGAGUAUGAGAUAGCUCACCCUUAA